AGGUCUUUCUUCAUCCCUGAGAAAAAGACUCUCUCAAAAUCUACUUUUCAGAGUCAAGACUAAAGUCUGGCCACAUAGAAACCUUUUCACUGGGAAUUGAGUGGAGAUCAAAUAAAUUGGAUAACACUAAUAUCAAAGCAUCAUUUAUUGUGUGUCAGGAACUGGGCUAGGCAUGACAACAGUAAUAACAGCUACCACUUAAUGUUGCUUACUUCCUACUUGACAUUAUGACCAAUACUUUGCACAAAUCAUCUUCAGUUCUUUUUACAUUUUGAGGUCAGUGUUGUUAUUUCCAUUUUAUAGAUGAAGAAAUUAAGGUUCCCUGUGGUCAAAUGACUUAACCUAGUUGUAGCCAUCUAACAAGGGGUAAGUCAGGAUAUCAACUUAGAUUUAUUUGUCUGCCUCCAGAAUGUGCAUUCUUUCCAAAGUCUGUCAUACUAAAUGUUUUUCUCCUCAGAUGUCAGUCACCUUUACAAGACUUUUCUUGUUUUUGGCAGUUGGCGAUUUACAUUUUACUUAAUGAUUACUGUUGCUGGAAUUGCAUUUCUUUAUGAUAAACCUUGGGUGUAUGACCUAUGGGAAGUGUGGAACGACUACCCCAGGCAUGCCUUGCUGCCAUCCCAAUACUGGUACUACAUUUUGGAGAUGAGUUUUUAUUGGUCUCUCUUGUUUAGCCUUGGCUCUGAUGUUAAAAGGAAGGAUUUUCUAGCUAAUGUCAUCCACCACCUGGCUGCUAUUAGUUUGAUGAGCUUCUCUUGGUGUGCUAAUUACAUUCGCAGUGGGACCCUCGUGAUGAUUGUGCAUGACGUGGCUGACAUUUGGCUGGAGUCGGCCAAGAUGUUUUCUUACGCCCAGUGGAGGCAAACCUGUAACAUCCUGUUUUUCAUCUUCUCUGCCGUAUUUUUCAUCAGCCGCCUCAUUGUGUUUCCCUUCUGGAUUUUACACUGCACGCUGAUUCUGCCUCUGUACUACGUCGAGCCUUUCUUUUCGUACACCUUCCUCAACCUCCAGCUCAUCCUCCUGCAAGUCCUCCACCUUUACUGGGGUUACUUCAUCCUGAAGAUGCUCAAAAGAUGUAUAUUCAUGAAGGACAUCCAGGAUGUGAGGAGUGACGGUGAGGAUGAAGAGGAAGAGGAGGAAGGAAAGGAAGAGGCCGCCGAAGGCAAAGGCAGAGACUCUUUGAAGAACGGCCUUGGUGCCCGCAGGAACCUCAUUCCCAACGGGCAGCAGGGCCAUUAGUUUGAAGCCCACGUAGCUCCCGGGGCGCAGUGCGCUCCAAGGGCUGCUGGAAGCCGGAAAUGCUCCCCCCACCAUCGCUGUGGCCUACGGGAGCCACAGGGCCCCCACAUCCUGCCUUUUUUUCCCUCUUUCUAACCACCCCCCAUCCCCUCCCUAAGAUGUAUUUAACAAAAUGUUGUUGUGUUAAAAUAUUCAAUGUAAGCAUCCCCGUGGAUUUCACUGCAGUUAGAACUCAAACUGGUCAAAGAUUUCAAAGAUUUCUCCAGA